AUGCCACCAUUGAUCUCGUCUUCUUCGGUACUUUCAUAUCUCCUUCAGGUUGGGUUGGAUUCGGGGAUUAAUCCGAUUUCUCCUGAAAUGACAGGAACACGAGCAUUGAUUGCUUUCCACGACCCCAACUCCGGCCAACUCAUCCUACUAUCUUACAUUCUAGACCCCACCGUAAAACUCCAACGAACACCGCUACUCUACCGCCCCCUAGACAUCCACCUCCUCUCUUCCUCCGCCACCUUAUACGGUGGUCAUAUGGCCACUAUUCACGAUGUUGCAACUAUUCAAAUAUAUGCCGCAUUCAAAAUCAUCCCCAAUAAAAUGAAGAUUUACUACGUAUGGGACCGUGGAUUAUAUGUUCAAGGGUACUUCCCAACUAUACAUCAAUCUGCAAUCAAUGAUCUUGCAUCCAUAGCCACAAUUGAUGUCCUGUCUGCAACUACAGCCAAGGCACACAACAACAAUAUCAUGACACUAAAAAUCAUUCACAGCAUCAUAAACUCGAUUUCUUGGGGAAUCUUACUUCUGAUAGGAGCUAUAACUGCGCGAUACUUAAGACAUAUACAAGCUUUAUGGCUUGUGUGGUUUUAUGCACAUGCUGGAGUGCAACUUUAUGCAGUUUUCUUAGGAACUGUAGGAUUUUCUAUCGGAAUUAGUGUCACGACCCGUCCCAAGUCACCCUAA